AUGAUUGUGACAACCGGCGAGAAGGCUGACGCUGUGGUGCCUACAGAAAGUUAUGGCACAUGUCCUUCUUGUCAACAGCAGAGCACCUAUUAUUUUUGGUGUGCUUCGUGCGAAUACCGUAGAUACCAGGACGGAACUCCUGGCUGGACGAGCGGAAACAAAGUUGUCGACGUGGUCAUUAAAGACGUUCAACGCAAUGCUCCAUCAAUCUUUUCGUUUUUGGAAUGGAUUCCAUAUAACAAACUAAGAGACGUCAAACCUAUUCGAUCCGGUGGGCAUAGCACUGUCUACUCUGCAAUUUGGGAGGAUGGCCCGAGAGACGGUCCACCGUGUUUUGGUGGAGGGUCAUCAAAAUUUAAAGGACUUCCACAAUGGUUACGACGAUCACGUGUAAAAGUCGCACUCAAAGUCAUUAGCAAGUCUCAAAAAGUAACGACAAGUUACUUUGAGGAGCUACGUCUUUUAUGUCGAUGUGCACCAGAUUGCGAAUCCUUUGAUAACUUUACCCUACCUCAUGUUUUACGAAUCUACGGUUUAUCUAUAGAACCGAGCACGAAAGAGAUAAUAGUGGUAAUGCAGUUUGCCGAUCAAGGCGAUAUAUAUCAUUCGAUGGCACGUUCAAAGUUGUGGCCAGUUCUAAGUCGUCAACGACCAUUUGCCGACCGUGCGCAUGAUGCUGCUUUACAAGCCGACAUCUGUAAAGGAUCACGACCUCCUAUAACUGAUAGAAUUUGUAAAAACUAUGUCGAGUUGAUACAAAAGUGUUGGGACUCUGAUCCGGCCAAACGUCCGCCUGCGGAUGAAAUAUUGAAUUCUUUAACUUCACUAUCCGUAAUGAUGUCGCCACAUUUUCUACCAAAAGGUCUAAGAAAAUCCGCGCCAGCUUCUGGAACUCGUCGUAAAAGCCAGUUCAUAACUUACCUUGCUUCAUCUGAAUCUCUCAAAAGAAAGGCGGAUGAAAGUCUGCAAACUAGGCGGCCUCCCACGAUACCAUUGCCAUCGCUUCCAUCGAACAUGGAAAAAAAUGAAGAGCUUUUGGCUGCUCAAACAUUCGUUGCCAAGAAAAUCAAAGAAGUACGUAAAUACAAAAAAUUGCGGUCAAGAGAAAAGCAGGACUGGAAUGAUCAGGAUUUUCGAAUGUUGAUCGAUUGGUGUUACUGGGAGAAAUGA